AUGAUGUGUAUUGAGUUGGUUAAGGAGGGUAAAAUUGUCGUAUGUGGAGGGCAAACGGGCAAAGUUUAUCUAUUUUCAAGCAAAAAUUGGAAUUCCACCCCCAAUCGCAUUACUGGAAAUAAUGAAUCCAUCAACAAAAUGGUUAAACUAACAGAAACUUCAGUAUGUGCAUCUUGUGAAGAUGGAUCUAUUAAAGUUUUUAGUGUAUAUCCUAAUAAAAUUGCUGGAUCCUUAUCAUUUAAUAAUGAAAAAUUUUCGACUGAAAAUAUAUGUAUGAGUCACGAUAAAAAAGUGCUAGCUUUUAUUAUGAACUUUAAUAACGUCAAUUUUGCAAACGCAAGGGAUGCUUUCGACCUUGCAGAGGGGAAAAAGAUCAGAAAUGGAGACUCGGAUUUUUUCUCAGAUUUAUGA